CUAAAAUCGUUGUUCCAUGGAGUGCAAUCCAGCUAAUACAACGUAUAGUCGUGGUUCACAGUGGGGCGAAAUUCAGUGGCGAUCGCAGUUGCCAGAGUUGUUCAUCGGAGAAGCAAAGAACGGAGGGAAGUAAUGGAGGGAAGUGACAGAGCGGCGAUGACGGACACAUGGCUGAAGAAGCACCGUCUGCUCUAUGUGGGAGCCACCCGACACCCUUUCGUUCUUGGAAUCCGCGACGGCUCUGUCGACUUCACUUCCUUCAAGCGGUGGCUGGGACAGGAUUAUAUAUUUGUUAGAGCUUUUGUCCCACUCGUUGCAAGUUUAUUGCUAAAAGCUUGGAAGGAAUCAGAUGAUAAUUCGGAUGUAGAUGUAAUUCUGGGUGGCAUAGCUGCUUUGAAUGAUGAGAUUGCAUGGUUCAAAAAGGAGGCUUCCAAGUGGGGUAUUGCUUUGAACAGUGUUGUGCCUCACCAGACUAACCUAGAUUACUGCAGAUUCUUGGAAAGCUUAACGAGCCCAGAUGUGGAAUACACGCUGGCCAUAACAGCAUUCUGGGCAAUUGAGGCUGUUUAUCAAGAGAGCUUUGCCCACUGCUUAGAAGACGGCUCUAAAACUCCAGAAGAACUGAAAGAGACUUGUCAACGGUGGGGCAAUGAUGGUUUUGGUCAGUAUUGCCGUGCCCUCCAAAACAUAGCAAAUCGUCGUUUGGAGAAGGCAUCUGAUGAUGUGUUAGCAAAAGCUGAGGUUAACAUAUUAAGAAUUCUCGAGCAUGAAGUAGAAUUUUGGAACAUGAGUCACGGGGUUUGAGUCGGCCAGUUUGGCGCUCAUUUUCUAGGUCUUUCCAACAGGUCUGUUGUAUGUUUGCACUAAAUGGAAGAUGAUCCUGUAUAUAUUGAUCGUACGUGUCAUCUUUUCUUGCA